GCAUCUUCUCCCUCCAAACCACACACCCAACCCCUCUCUCCCUCUCUCUCUCUCUCUACAAAAACAGACCUCUCUCGUUCUCUCGCCUUAUUUGCUCAACAACACAGCUCGCUCUCUCUCUAGAACAGAGCUUCUCUCUCGCGCUCUCCGCUGCCAUGGCGGUGGCAGAGUUCUCUCCUUCAUACACCAAAACUCGUCUUCACUCUCCACAGCUCUCCUAUUUAUCUACUCGUUUCACAAAUCGCCGAAGUAGUCUCUCUCUCCGACGUCUCCCUCGAACUCGAAUUGCCAGAGUGGUUUGCUCCGUUGCAUCCAAUCAAGUUCAAGCACCAGUUGCUGUUCAGAAUGAAGAUCCAAAGACCAAGACCGAGUGCUUUGGUGUGUUCUGCGUCACUUAUGACCUCGUAGCCGAAGAAGAGACAAAAUCAUGGAAGAAAUUAAUUAAUAUUGCUGUUUCAGGUGCUGCUGGGAUGAUAUCUAAUCAUCUCCUUUUCAAACUUGCAUCUGGUGAAGUUUUUGGACCAAAUCAACCUAUUGCAUUGAAACUUUUGGGCUCUGAAAGGUCAUUCCAAGCUCUUGAAGGAGUUGCCAUGGAACUAGAGGAUUCACUGUAUCCUUUGUUGAGGGAGGUGAGUAUUGGCAUAGAUCCUUACGAGGUGUUCGAAGAUGCAGAAUGGGCUCUUCUGAUUGGAGCAAAGCCUCGAGGGCCUGGAAUGGAACGGGCUGCCUUAUUAGACAUAAAUGGGAAAAUUUUUGCUGAGCAGGGGAAAGCUCUUAAUGCUGUUGCGUCCCGUAACGUUAAAGUGCUAGUAGUGGGAAACCCCUGUAAUACCAAUGCAUUGAUUUGUUUGAAAAAUGCUCCAAACAUACCUCCAAAAAAUUUUCAUGCUCUGACUAGAUUAGAUGAAAAUAGGGCAAAAUGUCAGCUGGCCAUCAAGGCAGGUGUUUUCUAUGACAAAGUGUCGAAUAUGACCAUCUGGGGAAACCACUCGACCACUCAGGUUCCUGACUUUUUAAAUGCUAGAAUCGAUGGCAUUCCUGCCAAAGAGGUUAUUAAGGAUACCAAGUGGUUGGAGGAGGAAUUCACUGAAAUGGUCCAGACGAGAGGUGGCGUGCUUAUUAAGAAAUGGGGAAGAUCUUCAGCUGCAUCAACUGCUGUGUCAAUUGUUGAUGCCAUCAGGUCUCUUGUAACUCCCACCCCAAAGGGUGAUUGGUUUUCUACUGGAGUCUACACCAAUGGAAACCCUUAUGGUAUAGCAGAGGAUAUCAUUUUCAGCAUGCCGUGCAGAUCGAAAGGGGAUGGUGAUUAUGAACUUGCCAAGGAUGUAAUAUUUGAUGACUACCUUCUCAAACGAAUAACCAAGUCUGAAGCCGAAUUGCUUGCUGAGAAGAGAUGUGUAGGCCACCUAAUAGGAGAGGGUAUUCCCGUCUGUGAUCUACCGGAGGACACCAUGCUUCCUGGAGAAAUGUAGAAUCAACGAACAAAGAAUCCUCAUUCAAGAAGAGCAACCUCCGGAGGAAACAGAGACAAUACCAUAUAUUAGUCUUCCACUAUUAUUUAUUUACAAGCAGCAUAAUAAUUUAGCAUGUAGUGAUAAAUUUGCUAUUUUAAGUCUUUCGGGAAGCUAUAUGAGGUUUAACGGUCUGCAAUGGUCUACACCCGGAGUUUGUACGAAUGAUGCUAUCAUUAGUGAGCAGACUCCAGCUACUUUUUCUUCAUGAAUGUAAAUUUACUUUUUCUUCAUGAAUGUAAAUUCCCAAAUGUCCUGAUGUAAAAGUCGGAUUGAACUUGGGUUCAUGGCUCUUAUUUUUAGUCUUGUUCACAAACAUGUACUUGAAUCACAUGUACUUGAAUCUGGUCAUCAGAUCUCUCACAUGUACUUGUCGAGUUGAGCCGUCCGUCGAUCAGACAUUAAAAUGGAUGCCGUGGCAAUUUUUUUUUUUU